AUGAAUGCUCAGUGUUCGAAAGUCACCAAGAGACGUCUGUCUCCAGAAACACUCAAGCUAAUACGCCAGCGUGGAAUCGCACGAGCUGCAGGCAACCGCGAACUAACGUCCGAACAUGCAAAACAAUGCAGACAGGCGAUAAAAGAGGACCUUAGAGGGAGAAGAGCAGCGGUAAUGGGCGAAGCUGCAGAGGCUGGGAAAAACAUUCACAAAGGCCACCGAAGCUUCGCCAAUUGGAAGACCAAAAUGAUUGCUCUCCAGCGCCUAGACGGAACAGUUCCAGCGUCCAUAGAGGCAAUGGAGGAAAUCAUUCACGAAUACUACUCGGAUCUCUUCGAUAGCGACGUCCACCUUCCGCCAUAUGAAAUAAAGGAGGAUGGAUAUGUUGUACCACCGGUUCUCCCUUCCGAAAUCCGACAUGCCAUUUCGUCGGUGAAAAAUCGAACAGAGCAGGUCCGAGCAGGAUAA